GAAAACCCUAUCUCUGCUCACCUCCCCCAGUCACCCAUCUCUACCGCACCGCAGCCGCCGCCCGCCCCCGCGCCUGCGACGCGAUCCGGCGCCGGCAGCGAGCUCUAUCUCCGGCGACGCCCACGGAAUAAAUAUUGGUAUUCGUAGCGUGACCUUUAUAAGAAGUCAAGAUGGUGAAGUUCACAGCUGAAGAGCUCCGUGGUAUCAUGGACAAAAAGAACAACAUUCGUAACAUGUCUGUUAUUGCUCAUGUGGACCAUGGCAAGUCUACGCUUACAGAUUCCCUUGUGGCAGCUGCUGGGAUUAUUGCCCAGGAAGUUGCUGGUGAUGUUCGCAUGACUGAUACUCGUGCAGAUGAAGCAGAGCGUGGUAUUACAAUCAAAUCUACCGGUAUCUCUCUUUACUAUGAGAUGACUGACGAGUCACUGAAGAAUUACAAGGGUGAGAGAGAUGGUAACCAAUACCUGAUCAACCUUAUUGACUCGCCUGGGCACGUUGAUUUUUCUUCGGAAGUCACAGCUGCUCUUCGCAUCACCGAUGGUGCUCUUGUGGUGGUUGACUGUAUUGAAGGUGUCUGUGUGCAAACUGAAACUGUGCUUCGCCAAGCCCUUGGUGAGAGGAUUAGGCCAGUUCUUACCGUGAACAAGAUGGACAGGUGCUUCCUUGAGCUUCAGGUUGAGGGCGAGGAAGCUUACCAGACCUUCUCCCGUGUCAUUGAGAAUGCCAAUGUCAUCAUGGCAACAUACGAAGAUAAGCUCCUUGGUGACGUCCAAGUGUACCCAGAGAAGGGGACUGUUGCUUUUUCUGCUGGUCUGCACGGAUGGGCCUUUACCCUCACUAACUUUGCCAAGAUGUAUGCAUCUAAGUUUGGAGUUGAUGAAUCUAAGAUGAUGGAGAGGCUUUGGGGUGAGAACUUCUUUGACCCUGCCACCAAGAAAUGGACAACCAAGAACACAGGCUCCCCUACCUGCAAGAGAGGAUUUGUUCAGUUCUGCUAUGAGCCAAUCAAGCAAAUCAUCAACACCUGCAUGAACGACCAGAAGGAGAAAUUGUGGCCCAUGCUGCAAAAGCUCAAUGUUACCAUGAAGUCUGAUGAGAAGGAAUUGAUUGGCAAAGCUUUGAUGAAGCGUGUUAUGCAAACUGUGGCUACCAGCAAGCACUGCACUGCUCGAGAUGAUGAUAUUCCACCUUCCUUCCCCGGCAAAGGCUCAAAAGUAUCGU